AUGCAGCAACCAACCUGCACUAACGUCCGCAUCCGCUCUGUGGCCGAUGCUCAUGCAGUCUUCUAUGCCGUAGAACAGCGGUAUUUGCCUAUGGUCAAUCGUCGCCUCGAUGGCGAAGAGCGAAGAGCUAUUCGUUCCGGGUGUGUCUAUGUUUGGGAAGAGCGUGGUUCCGACUCUGAGGCCACCGGUCUCGGCAUCGAGAGAUGGACAGACGGCGUUAGAUGGGGUCCUAGCCGUGUUCGGGACGAGUUCCUCUUCUACCACGAGAAAGAGCUAGACUUCGACUUCGAAGCCUUGGGUCCGCAGUUCGCCAAUAUGGUGGCACCAGGAUCGUUCUAUGCUAGGAAAGAACGUCUUGUCAAGCAGACGUAUUCCGUGUACAUUGAUACUCCCCGUGGGCGACGAAAGUGGCACCUGAUCGCAUAUUUCACGCAAGAGACUGUCGACGCCCUCAGAACCGUGGAUCAGAUCCCCUCAAUCGCUGCGCUGCGCAUUCCGGCCGGACGAUUUCGUUCGGCGCGCGCGGUCAAGGGUCGCAGCGGAGGAGCACGACACCCUCAUGAUCUCGUCACCACUCCAUCUCCUCCUCGCCGCGUUCAGAGUCCUCAUCGGUAUGCGCCAUAUCAUACAUCUCCUCGCCUGUCUCCUCCGCCAAAGCCUGUUCUCCCGCCACUAUGGCCUGCUGUCAAGUACGAUCUAGCCUGCGCUGCACCAAGUGGCAAUAAAUUCAAGGAUACAGAACAUGGCGUCUCGAUACCACCACUCGGCUUCAUCGAGAACACUCACGUCCCGAAGCGCUGCCCAGUGGACGAAUGGGCCUUGCGGUCAUUCGACAUAGAGGGAGGCCUCAACUUCCCGCAAACGGCAGCGUACUCUUCGGUCGCCCACACUCCAACGUCAUACUGA